AUGUCCUCGACCGCGCCGACCGCAUCGACAGCAGCGUCCGCCUCGGCGUCGGUGCUCAGCCUCGAUGCGCUGUUCAAUAAUCCCCUCUUCGCCGGCGGCAUUGGCCUCGCCAGCCUAGGCGCCGCCGCCGCCUUCGCCCGCAAGGGCGUCGUCGUUGCCGCCGGGGCCGCCCGCCGCCGCCUCCUCGUCAACGUCGAGAUCGGCAAGCAAGACCCGGCCUACCCGUGGAUCCUUGCCUGGCUGUCGCAGCCGCGUGCACCGGCCGGCUUCGUGGCCUCGCGCAUCACCCGCAUCCACAAUCUCUCCGUCUCGACCACCACCACCGCCCAGCGCGGCGCCGCCGGCCCGACCAACGCCCACUUCUUCCUGCAGCCCGGCUAUGGCCGCCACAUCGUGAAGCACGGCGGCGCCUACAUCGCCGUCAACCGCGAGAAGCACAGCACCGCCAACAUGAACACGGGCGAGCCCCACGAGAUCGUCCAGCUGACGACGCUGUGGGCGCACCGCCACGUCUUCGAGGACAUCUUUGGCGAGGCACACGCGCUGGCCGCCAAGGCGAACGAGGGGAAGACGAUCGUCUACGCGGCGCGGGGUAUGGAGUGGGCGCCGCUGGGUGAUCCCCGGAAGAAGCGGCCCCUGGGCUCGGUGAUACUGGACGAGGGCGUCAAGGAGGGCAUCGUGGAGGACGUCAAGGACUUCCUGGGGCGGCAGCAGUGGUACGUAGACCGCGGCAUCCCGUACCGCCGCGGCUACCUCCUGUUCGGUCCUCCCGGCAGCGGAAAGAGCUCCUUCAUCCAGUCCCUCGCCGGCGAGCUGGAUUUCAGCGUGGCCAUGAUCAACCUCAGCGAGAUGGGCAUGACGGACGACAAGCUGGCGUACCUCCUGACCAAGCUCCCGCGCCGGAGCAUCCUCCUGCUCGAGGACGCGGACUCGGCCUUCGUCAACCGCCGCCAGCGCGACGCCGACGGCUACAGCGGCGCCAGCGUCACCUUUUCCGGCCUGCUCAACGCGCUCGACGGCCUGGCGGCCGGCGAGGAGCGCAUCGCCUUCCUCACUACGAACCACAUCGAGCGCCUCGACCCGGCGCUCAUCCGCCCCGGCCGCGUCGACAUGAUGAUGCGCAUUGGCGAGGCCACCAGGUACCAGGCCGGCCAGAUGUGGGACCGCUUCUACGGCGACGUCGACGCCGACGGCGUGGGCCGCGAGCGCUUCCUGCAGAGGCUCGAGGAGCUGGGCCUGUUCGGCAACGGCACAGGCGAGGCGGCCAACCGGUCCACCAGCACGGCCGCCAUCCAGGGCCUGUUCCUGUUCAACAAGAACGACAUGCAGGGCGCCAUCGACAUGGCCGAGGGUCUCAUCCCGCGCAAGUUCGAGGCCGAGGACGCGAUCCCCGGAGGUGCCAUCAAGACGCGUGCAUAA